ACAUAUAGUUUUUUGCAUUUUUCAUUUCAAACGAUGAACGAUGGAUUCGUUCAAGUUUAAAGUUCCUCGAAUUUCUACCGCAUUCUCGAUCACAGAAUUUGAUUUCUCGAUCGGUCGGAAAAAUCUUUUUUUGCUAGACGUAAUCACGAAGGCAAACGAGAGAGAAUUAUAAAACGAAAAAGAGGGAGGGAGAGAGAGAGAGACUCACACACACACAGAGACACACAUAAACACAGAGUACUCCGAAGCAGAGAGUAAAAAGAAAAAAGAAACGCGAUAGGGAAAUGGUACGCACAUUGAGCCGAGUGAGUGAUAAUCCAUGUUGAACAGAAAAAAAAUGUUCUAGUUAAGUGGAGAUUUAUCGUAAUAAAUAUAUACAUAUAUAUAAAUAAAUAUAUAGGUAAGUCGUUGCGUGAUUCAACGUGGAGCGUAAGUGAGAAGGAAUGCGAGUGGCCACGAGUGAAUGAACUUGAGCGUGAAAGGGAGACAUAAAAAGAAACUGAUGAGGAAGAAAAAAACGACGAAACGUGAGGAACAAAAUGGUCAAGGAAAAGAAACGCGAUGGAUAACGAGGGUGGGGUGGGUGGGGGUUGGAACAAGGUAUGACACAAAGAGUCGUGUGAAAUAGCCAAAUAUGACAAAGAUGUUCUUUUCUUUCUCUUUUUUUUUUUUGUUUUUUCUUCUACUUUUUCUAUUGUCUUUUGUUCUUUUUUUUCUACGUAGAUAAAAAACGCGACAGCAGUAGUUAAACUAACUGACGUGGUUAAACGCGACGUAGUUGGUUUACUGUCGUCGAGUAGAUUUUAAAGCUCUAAUCUAUCGUUAGGGUAAUUCUCUAGGCUAGGAAGAGAGGCAAAAUGGUCGGUAGUUGGUCCUCGGACCGAAAUUGGCCGCUAAAUAAGAAGAUACAUAUUCUUAUUUUUUCUUUUUUCUUUUUUUUUUUAUUUUUGCGUGUGCGAACGCCAGUACAUGUAAAUAACGUAAUUAGGGAUCGACUGUGAUCGAUUUCGUCGAGCACAAAAGGAAGGAUUAAUUGAACGGGGGACGUCCCCGUUUUAGGAGCUAAACCGAACAAUUCAGAACAUACUCAUUGAUUCUUGUAACGUUAAAUUAACGAGCGUAGAUUUUAAAGGAGAGUCUGUAGAAACGAAACGAAGCGAGAAAUAAACGAUGGUAAAGGAAACACAAGAUAUAUGCUAGUGAUGCACGAGUAUGAUAAUCUUCGAAGAAGCGAGAAUGAAAGGGGAAAGGUUCUCGGGAAUUCUCUGUUUGAGCGGCAAGAGACGUUCCCAGGAUCGAAAAGAGACUCUUUGCUCUUCGAACCUUGGUCGCUUAAUCGCGACUCGUUCCUCUUGGAACGAACACAUUUUUCAUAUACGUAAGGCUCUCGAGAUGCUGUGUGCUCGAAAAUGAUAUAUUGAUAUUAGAAAGGAAUACGCUCUUGAUCGUGUUCGUUCGCUGAGGAACACGCGCCAAAAGCGGAGCAACUAAGCAAGAAAGAUCUAUCCCUGUAUAUUGUACACUGUAAUUACAAUUUAUACUUACUCGUAAUCGAUACCUUUAUCGGUAGGCUAUUACAACUAGUGGCUAGCGUAAGUCAAGCUCAAAUCUAGGCGAGACCCACCGUCUUCGCGUCUUUAUUCUUCGUCACGAGUGCACAACUCCCAUCCCCCGAUAUUGCUCCUCUUGUUCCGGACUUUUAUCGUUUUCUCGAGCGUGUUCUCCGAUUGCGUACGCAGGCCUACCGUACACGAUUCCCGUUAUAUUCACGAUUCACGUCGUUGAGCUUACAUUUUUCAUUAAUUUCAUUUCUCUUUCCACUGUAAUUCUUUUCUUCGGUUGCUUAAUAGCUUUGUUUGUAAAACGUUGAUACAAAUAUUCCUGGGCAUCUCGCGAAAUUAACAAUGCGUCCAGGCGAUCGACGGAUCGUGCUCUAUAAAUAUAAUUCAAUUGUAAAGCCGAUUAAUUUAGAUUCGAUUUAGUUGUAGUAGUUUGUUUCUUCGACUCCGAUGUCCCUCGGGGUGUUUCGUGAAACUAAUCAUUGGAACGAGUUCAGUGCAUAGAAACGAUAGAAAGAUCCGCGAUCGAUAAUACGUUUUAGUGAAAGAUACUCGAGAUGACUAUUUUAGAUUCGAACACGACGUUCUUAAGGAAAGGUUGACUGUAAAUAAUCACGUGAGCACCGAGGAAACCUAGUUCUAUCGAUACUAUGUACUGAACUCGAUCUUCGUAUAUUCGCCACAUUUUGCGGAACACCUUAAAUAUUUAUCUAUAGGAAAAUUUAUCUAUAUAAAGAAUAAUGAAUCAAUCGCUGUACAAAGGGAAAUUUAAUGAAAUUAGAGGUAGCCAGAAACACGAAUAGAUUAGAAUAGUAUCUGUUUCUGAGUCUCUUAGAAGAAUCGAGCAUUUGUCUCGACGAUAGAACCACAGAUACUAGUCUUCUUCAUACUUUUAGAAACUAACUUAUAAUAUUCGCCAAACAAAAAAAAAAUCGUGCUUCGGCGUAGAAUCCUCUCUUCGUGAAUUGUACAAAAUAAAAAAGAAUCUGCUAAUAAUUGUAAUUUUAACACGCACGAUUCGAUCGUCGAACGCUUUGGACGAAUCUAUGAAAUUCAAAUUAGAAAAUAUUGUAAGUGAGAGAAAGAGAGAGAGAGAGAGAGAGAGAGAGAGAGAGAGAGAGGAAGACAAGCCAAAUAUGCGAGGUAGAACGUCAAAAUUUCAAAUUGGAAAGAGCACAGUCGACUAAUUCGCUCCAUUUGUGCCCACGUUUCAUUUUUACGUUCUCCUUUUUCGUUGAUCCGCGUACGUUCUCGAGUGCUAGCGGGUAAAUCGCAUUGUAAAAUAAUCCAAUACGAUCGAUACGCACCGUAACGUUAUACAUAUAUAAAUAUAUGAUUCUACUCUAAUUAUUAUUAAAGGCAGUACCGUAAACGGGAUUUUUAAAGUGAAUCUAGAUGACUACAGGACUUACGUAAACGACACAUCUUUACGAGCAACAUAUCCUAGCGUACUAGGCGGCGUCGUGGCCAAGUUCAGCUCGAAAUCCUCGUAGGUCCUUGGCUGACGAGAUAUUUGCGAUUCGUCUACGCGACAACGCACAUUUCCGCUCUCUUAUUCCGGAAACUCUCUGGUGUCGUCCUUCCGCGAUAUGCCGGGGACACAUGAAAAACGCGUGGUGCCGAAUACACCUUCGAGGCCAGCACCUUCGAGGAUUUCGAGCACGACCCAUGGCCAUCUUCUUUUUUCGAAUUAUCGCGAGGCAAAGACAGAAAGAGAAUGACAAGUGAGAAAAAGAAGAUAACGAGAAAAUUAACAAGUAAGGGAUGUUCCAUGACAUUAGGGCGUUAUUACGGUAAUAAGUCUAACUUCUUAGAGUCGUGAAUGAGUGAAUGAUAUUAUGAAGAGACGAUAUGUGUCCGUGUAUCGUGUGCUGAAUGAGCGUGAUAUGAUGCUUUUGCACCUCGUCGAAUCGCCGCGACAAAAACAGACGAUAGAGAGUUCUCGGACGUAUUUGUUUCUAGGGACAAAAUGAGAAUAAUUUGAGCGAUUAAGCUAAUUAGAGGAUAGAAUGUGAAUGAAAAUGCGCGCGAUUCGAUGAUAUACAAAAUGGAGGGACGAUAGAGAUAACGUUUCGACAAACGGGGAUACGAGAUAAAAACAGAAAACGUGGAUUAAAAAAAAAAAAAAGAAAAGAAAGAAUGAAAUUGAAUACAAACUAGAGAACAUCGUAAAAAGAGCUAAAUGCCACCUGUUUUUUCGCUUUUCUCGCAGUGUAAACGGAUUCGCAACGGGAGACGCGUGCGAAUCGUCAUUUGGUUUCCGGCUGCGAAUCCAACUCCGGAGGAAAUAAAAAGAAUAACGCUAAAACGAGCGUAAACGACUUUUUGCGCCAAGAAAAAUGCAGAAGAGUUGAGCGUUAGCAUAUUCACGCAUCCGCGGAACACACAUUUACACGCGAUGGAAAUUCGACGACGAGGAAGUAAUCUAUGAAUCCGCAGGAAAAGAAAGCAAAAAAGCAAAAAAAAAUAAAUAAAUUAAUUAAAUAAAUAAGAAUUAAUUAUAACGAAACUUCAGGUACAUGAAGUAACAAAAAAAAUAUAUACAAAAAAAAAACAUGUCGAGAGAACAAGGAUACGGUCAACUCGAAAACUUUAGUUGCAAAAUACUGAUAGGAGUACACGGGGUGUCUUACGGAACACCUUUAUCAUUGUCUGAUUUGAUGAUAUUUUGUAAGUCUGGACCAGUUGUUAGGUUCUUAUUACUCCCAUAGCGACUUCUUAUGGCGUAUUUUCUCUGUAUAUUGUCAAUGUUUAUUAUUAAAUAUUUUUCAAAUAAAACUCACCGUCUUCCAUUCUGUUACAUCCGCCCUUGACAUUAACCCUGUUGCGCUCUUUGCACCGAUUUUAUCUCUCUAUCGUUAAAAAAUUUCUCAACUAUGAAGAUAAGAUGGAAGAUAAAAUAGUCAUUGGCAUGUUUCAUCUCACGUUCCACAAUUUUAUGCAUAGAACUCGUCUCUUUUUAUUUGUACAAACAAAAUAUCGAGAUCAGGCUGUGAAAAUUGCAGGUACGCGUCAGGGUUAACUCACUAUACCUUAGCUAUUUAUAGAGCAGAAAAAAUUCGAUACCUGUAAACUACAGUGUAAACGUUCUAUCUUACUCAAAACAAGAAAAAAAAACCAGAAUUUUCCGUAAGAAUUUAUCUUCGAUUAAGCGAACAGAAACACGAAAGAUAACGAAUUACUGUUUCCAAAAUACUCUUAGAAUCUUGUGUUCGUUGGUGUCUCGUUGUCGUUAAAUUCUCACGGUUCCGACAUCGCGACGUGUCUCGAUAUGAGAACAGAGUUAGAGGGCCAAGAAACCAAGUCCGAAAGAAUCCGCUUUUCUAGGACGUGCUUACGUUUCCGGUGAAAGACGAGUUCGCCUGCGGGGCCGAGAUCUUUUUUUCGUCAGUGACUCAUCGCGCACAUGGAAUUACCAUUCGCUCUGUGUGUUCAGCGUUCGCCUCUCUGAUCUGUCAGUAAGCCGCGGACCGUCAACCAGAAAGCACGCGUGCUUCUCUGCAGAAACGAUCAACGCGCACGUGCGUGACCAGGAAUACCGAUUCGAGGCCGACAAGUGGUUCCUGGCCCUUUAGAAUUCGAGCAUUCGAUGAAUACUCGCGCUGAGAGCGAAGACACGGCGGCUCAAAAUACAAGUUUAACUGGAGUUCACGCGAGGAAGCACUCGACUCGAACGCAUUUUUAUCGGACGCAUCGAGAGUUAUCCGAGCGUAAGAUAUUUUCGGCGAAUAUCAAGAACGAUGUGUCCAGAUAUCACACGCAAAUACCGUUUCCUAAAACACCAUUAAAAUGGAUUUUUGCAAGAGUUACAAAUUUCUACAAAUCCUACCAAAACCCGUGAGACGCGUCGAAUGGUCCUGGCGAACGGAAAAUGGUACGCGCGUCCGGUUCAUCGAGGAUGAUUCCAACGAGGAUGAUUCCAUCGAGAAUUGCCUCAUGGAACUCGUCAAUAUCUGCGUUCCAGCCAUCGCCGUCAUCCUUGCGCUGAUCACCUUUCUCAGAUGUAAACACAGGAAACAGCCAAAAGAUUGCAGAGGACUCCUACCAUUUCAUACAACUAGAACACUGUUGUGCAUGACAGUGUUGGCGGUGCUUUUUGUCGAACUUUGCGAGUCGUUGCUCACGUCGAUUUCUUUCUCGUUGAUUCUGAUGAUCGUAGCCAUCCUCUACUGUUGGAUCAUUCAUCGGAGGACCGAGGUUAGAGAUGCUUGUGGUACUGCCCUCUCUGCUGGAAUCUUCGUCACGAUUAGCUUAUCGCGAGCAUGGAAAUUUAUGUGUCUGUCUAGAUAUGGUCUGUCCAUGAUACACGUUCGACUCGCAACCACAACGUUCACGGCCAUUACCUGUGGGCUUUUAGCCGUUUUGGACUCUUACACGUUCUAUCUUAUGACAAGAAGGAAGAAAAGGUAUUUGAUCGAGCGAGGAGAACGACGAAGAACAGCGUACAAACACGCGGACGUGCCGUUUCUCAAUAGAAUCACCUUCCAUUGGGUGAUCGACCUGCUGUGCAAGGGAUACAGUACGCCGUUGGAGAACCACGACCUUGGCGAACUUCCCGAGGAGGAGACUACUAGGAGACAGUUUGACAAGUUUCGUGAAGUUUACGAGAAACAUAGGGAGAGAAACGAGAAACUACGUCUUUGGCGAUGUUACUGGAAAAGAAUAUGGUACCCGUUUGCCAUUGGGGGAUUAUUUAAAAUACUGGGGGACGCUACAAGCCUUGUUGGACCGAUGUCUAUUUCUAAAAUUCUGAACUACGUCUCUGCUUCUCAAAAUGGGACAAUAAAUCGAAACUCUAUGAGUGCCAUGACAUUUCCUGAAAUCUUGCAAAAUGGCUAUUUUUUAUGCCUGUUGGUGUUUUUCUUUUCUUUAUUACAAAGCACUCUAAGCCAGGCCUCCACUCAUAUCCUUUGCGUUGAAGGGAUCCGCCUGAAGAACGCACUUCAGGCGCUGCUAUACGAUAAAGCCUUGCGUUUAUGCUCUUGGAGUAUCGACGAAGAGGAUAAUCCGACAGACAAGGAGAAAGAACAGAAUAAAUGUCAGCAAUCUGCUGAUAUUGGAACCUUAACUAACCUAAUAUCUGAGGAUGCUUACAAUGUGAUGAGCUUUUUCUGGAUUGGACACUAUACCUGGGCAAUUCCAUUAAAAAUCAGCGCUAUAGUUUUUCUUCUUUACACAAAAUUGGGAAUAAGUGCAAUUAUCGGUGCAUUCUGCUGCAUAUUGAUAGUAACGCCACUACAAUUGGUGCUUGGCAAGAAAAUGUCGGAAAAUUCUAAAUUGGUCGCCAAAAGCAGCGACGCUAGAUUACGUCUGGUUAACGAAAUCUUCCAAGGAAUAAGAUUAGUGAAGCUUAGAGCCUGGGAAAAUAUUUUCGAGGAGAAAAUAAGAAAAACGCGAAACGAUGAGCUAAAAAUGCUGGACAAGGAUUCUUUCUAUUGGACCCUUAUAAACUUUCUCACGCAUGCUUCAUCGGUACUGACGACACUUUUCACUUUUGCCGCUUAUUUCUGGCUGGAAGAGAAAAGUCUCGAGGCUGGAAAUGUUUUUGCAAGCUUAGCUCUAUUCUCACAGCUCACAGUGCCCCUUCUCAUUUUUCCUGUGAUGAUACCUAUCAUUAUUAACGCUAUGAUUUCAACAAACAGAAUAGAGGAGUUUCUCCAACUUCCGGAGAUCGACAAUGUCUUGCCUAAUCUUAACGAUGCAAAAUCAGAAGUAGCCGAAAAUACAUCAUCGCUGGCCAAUUCUAUCGAAGAGAGCACUAUAGAAACAAUGAAAACGCACAACACUCCCAAUUUUGGAUCGUUGGAUAACAUCAAAGAAGACGAAGAAGAUGGACAAUCUUCUGACUUGGCGGAUUACACGAUGGAUAUAAAUUCAUCGGUGGACACCGUGUUUGAGAAGGAUCCGGAGAUUCCGGUGCUUACAAUGAAGCGCUGCGGAUUUUCUUGGGGCACCGAUGAAAGUCUGUUAUCCGUAUCCGAUCUUAGUUUUCCACGAGGUCAGCUGACUAUAAUUGUUGGAAAGACAGGAAGUGGAAAGACUUCUUUAUUAUUAGGAAUGUUAGGAGAGAUCCAGAGGACAACAGGUUCGAUUCAGUGGGCUAAAGGGGUGAAGGUUGCAUAUGUGGCUCAGAAACCCUGGCUCCAGAACGCCAGUUUGAGGGACAAUGUUCUUUUUGGAUCACCGUACAAAUUGAGAAGGUACAGGAAUGUAUUGAAGGCUUGCGCUCUGCAACCGGAUGUCGAUAUACUUCCGGGUCGCGAUUUCACGCGGAUAGGUGAGAAAGGGAUCAAUUUGAGCGGAGGCCAAAAACAGAGAGUAACUAUAGCCAGAGCGCUGUACAACGACGCGGACGUUAUAAUAAUGGAUGACCCGUUGUCCGCGCUGGAUCAUCAAGUUGCACAGCAGAUCUUCGAUCAAGGAAUCCGGAAGCUGCUGCUGAGGAGCGGACGCACGGUGAUUAUGGUUACUCACCGACUAGAAUUGUUAUCAACUGCUCAUCAAGUUGUCGUGAUGGACGGAUGUCGUAUUCGAGUAGUGGGUACGAAAUCAGCGAUCGAAGAUGCUGAUCCAGAAUUAGCGAUCGAGUGGAGGAAAACAGCUACGAAUAAAAACGAAGGAUAUCGUGCUGAUAGAACUGCGAAAGACAAGUGGGCCUUGAUGAAACUAGUAUCCAGAAUCGGUGUGAGUGCGACGAACAAACGACUUGGCGAUGGAUCCUGGACCACUGAUCAAGAUGCCCAUGUGAAUCCUCCAGCUUUCGUCCCGUUAAGAAUGAGAAGAACUACCCUUGGCGGAUCGAGAUACUUAGCCCACGAUCUGACAGAUCUUCCAGUGCCCUCUGAAGAAUGGAACAUCGGGAAAAAAAGAUUUAAAUUCCAUCGAAACGCUGUCAGAUCGAGCAGUCUCCAACCUCAAAGACAACCACCCCCUGUUCUACGACAGAGCAGCACUCCAACCAUUCUCGAAAGUCAAUACGCUGUUCCUAGAAAAAGGAAUAACACUUUUGACAACGGACAACGAAACGGCGUUUUCAGGCAAAUAUUUUCUGGCGCAAUUAUCAGUCCACGUCCCGAUGAAUUGACAUUAAAUAGAGACAGAGGCGUGCUACGAAAAUUAAUACCUUCUAACUCUAACAGACAAAUACAAUACACUGUUAAAAAAAUUAAUCAAGAACAGGAGAAUGAUCAUUUUCCCGUUAAACGAUUGCUAUCGAUAGAGUCCACAGGAACUAAUGAACCCGAUGAACUUGAAGGAAACGACUGUGAUACAGAGGAACAAGAAGAAGAAUUUCAAUAUGAAGAUAGAAGUGGAAUAGUCACAAGGAUGAUCCUUUGCGAUUACACAAAAGCUGGAGGCUGGAUACCAGGCCUAAUUUACAUAGGAGUAGCAAUUUUCUGCCAAGUUCUGAGAGUUUAUAUCGAUCUCUGGCUGAGUCAGUGGACAGACGAGGACAAUAUAAACUUCAAUCAAGAAAACCGAAAUACGGUGUUCUAUUUUAAAGUUUACAUCAUUCUUUCCCUUGUCUUUAUACUCUUGUCUUUCGUAUGCAAUGCAACUGGUCAAUGGACAGGAGCCAGAGCGAGAAGAAAAUUACACGAGGAAGCCGUGUCCAGACUUCUUAGAGUACCGAUGUCGUUCUUCGAUUGUAAUCCUGUGGGAAAAAUUUUGAACAGAUUCAGCGCCGAUACAGGCGUCAUCGAUAAGAAAAUAUCUAUGUCGAUCCAAAGACUGACAUUCUUCGUCUUGCUCUGUGGUUCAGCGAUACUAGUAAACGUCAUCGUAUCACCGUGGUUCUUCAUUGCUGCUAUACCCACGUGUGCAGCUUAUUAUAUCGUUCAAAAGUUUUAUAGAUGCAGUGCGAAACAUUUGCAACGAUUAGACGGCAGUACCCGAUGGCCAAUCACAACGCAUUUUUCUGAGACACUUCGCGGUUUAGCAACAUUACGUGCUUCCAAACAAGAGAAUCGCUUCAUGGAACAGGCUAUGAAGUGCCUAGACGUUAACACGAACGCGUUUCUCCUCCUGAAUUCCAGUAGCCGGUGGCUCGGCAUUGCUCUAGAUUAUCUGGGUGCUGUUAUAGUAGGAUCUGCGACACUCGCCGUCUUAAUUUCCGCAGAAUUGUAUCCAGAUCGCGUUACACCUGCUCUAGUUGGUCUGGCGAUUAAUUACACCCUCUUAGUGCCAAUUUACUUAAAUUGGGUAGUGAAAUUCACAGCGGAGACCGAAAUGUAUCUUGGUAGCGUUGCACGUAUCUCUACUUACAGAUAUGCUCCUAUUGAAAACUACCAACAAAAUGACUUCCACUUAUCUGAUAGUUGGCCAGGUAAAGGUGAGAUUAUUUUUGAAAAUGUUUCUCUGAGAUACGUUUCACAAAGAGAACCAGUGAUCUCGAAUCUAUCCUUGAAGAUUACGCCAGGCCAAAAGGUAAAAAUUUCAAAGAAUUACAAAAUUCUAGGUUUUCAUAGAUAUUUCUCGCAGAUUGGAAUUUGCGGAAGAACCGGAAGUGGUAAGUCGUCCACAGUAAUGGCGCUGUUUCGACUAUUGGAGAUUACUCAGGGACGUAUAUCGAUCGAUGGCACAGACGUUCGUCAAGUUCCUCUGGAAAUUCUUCGUUCGAGACUCUCAGCGAUUCCUCAGGAUGUGAUCAUGUUCAGUGGUACCAUUAGAGAGAAUUUGGAUCCUCUAUCGGAACACGAAGAUCUGGAACUGUGGAAUGCUUUGGAAGUAGCACAAAUUAAGGAUAUUAUUGCCUCUCAUCCUGAAGGUCUUAAUUUCGAAGUGAAAGAAGGAGGUGAGAACUUUUCUUCCGGUCAGCUGCAGCUGCUCUGUAUGGCACGAGCAAUCCUGCGGAAGUCUUCGAUCGUCGUCCUCGACGAAGCAACCAGCGCUCUCGACGCCGUUACUGAAAAGAAUCUCUUGAAAGCAGUUUCAACUGCUUUCAGGAACAGAACAGUGAUUGCUAUCGCGCACCGUGUGUCAGCGUUAUUGGAUUGCGAUCGAGUAAUCGUGUUCCACGAUGGUAAAAUCGUCGAAGAUGGACUACCAGCGGACUUAAUGCAACGGCAAGGUGGAUUCUUCGCGAAUAUGUUGAAGUCCAAUGAAGAGAAUGAAACGACUAAUUGUUGAAAAAGCACACGUGCAUAAAAGGACGAUGAUAAAGGUCGAUAACAUUGAAAGACUGGGACAGAGGAACGUAUCUAACCAUGUUUCGUCACAAAGUAUUUAUUUUUGAUACGAACGAUAAAUGUAGAGUAUCGUAGUGAUAUAGGAAUUUCUGAAAUAUUUUUGUAAAUACGAAGAUGCAUUCGAAUGAUCGUUGAUCGAUCUGAAAUACAUUUCACUGUUAUUCGCAUUGCAUAGAUAACGAAGCUGCGUUGCAUAUAAAAAUCACUCACGGAUAAAAUACAUAAUAAUAUAUUUUAAAAACCUUUUCGUUUUGAAUCCGUAUAUUAUUAACAAAGAAAAUGAAAAAAUAAUUCUACC